AUGCCAUCCAGGAGAAAAUCUCUAAUUUUUUCUUUGGCUUCUUUCACCAGCAUUUGCUCCUUUGUGAUAGUUUGUCUUGUUCUUGCAACCAAAAAUUGGGUCUCAAGUACAAUUACCUAUACUGGUAGAAAUUCAAGUGUGGCCAUAUUUAUCACAUAUGGACUUUUUGAGGGAUUUUGUUCAGAAGUUGUGCAAGCUGGAAUUGGGAGAGGAGAGACGAAAUUCCAAGUUUCAAUUUGGAAUCUUCCAGAGAAUUUGAAGCAUUUCAACAUUGCGAUCAUCAUUCUUCUGGUUCUCAGUCUGGCGAGCUCCGUUCUCAGUUCUGGAUUUACAUGCUACAAUGCUAUGAGUAAUCCCUACGAGACCUUUUUAGGGCCUGUUGGGGUGUAUACCUGGAAUUCCAUAUCGAGUGUAUGCUCUCUUCUGACCUUGAUACUAUUUGCCGUGAAUGUGGAAGCAAACAAACUGUCUGUUGAACUGGCCAUCACAUACUGUGAUGAAUCUUCAAGACAAUCUGCACACUCCAAUAGUUAUAAAUAUUCAUACUGGCUCAUGCUUCUUAUAGUCCUUUUAAAUGCUGCAACUAUUAGCAUAAUUGUUUACUAUCAACAUGCAAGAUAUUCAGAGAAAAAGGCAAGAGAAAGACCCAUGGAAAGUGCACCCAAAGAUGGCAUUUUAUUUUAA